GCUAUGAAGUUAGCAGUACAUUGUUACAUCAGAGGCAGUGCUUUCAUCAUUGGAACAGUGACUUGGGGUCUAGAUGUGAAUUGUCGUUGUUGGCAGUGAUGCCUUCGGAAAAAGACACUUGUCCUACCUUUCCUAAACUGACUAACAACUGCUGUGAUGAGAAUCUCUACAAGCCUGCCAAUAAGUAUGAGGACAUUCAUUUGCCACGGUUUUCACUAAGGCAAGGGAUGAUCCCGACACGUUACGUCAUGCCUUGGAAAGAAAACAUGAAAUUCAGGAAUGUGAACCUGAAGCACGCAGAAGUGUCUGGGAUCUACUCCGGCCCAUUAGAAGAGCCUCUGUUUCUGAGUUGCAGAGAAAGGCUUUGCCAUGGGGAGGACCGCAAAAUUGUCUUCAGAAAAAGCCCACCGGAGAUAAAAAUCGCGGACAUGCCUUCGCACUCGCCUCUCUCCAGGUACCAGAGCACCGUGAUUUCCCAUGGCUUCCGGAGGCGGCUGAUCUGAGGAAGGCAGGCGGCCCCAAAGCUGGCUCUGCCUGGAGUCAGCAGGGAAGCACCUGUGUGCAGUGUGUGAGAAACCUUGGGCUCCGCCCCAGCACCACAAAACAUAAAUAAAUUAAAAUUAAAGUGGUACAGUAUUUCGGUAAAA